AAAACACAAGACAUGAAACAUGAAAGCGAGACUCACUCAGACAUGAAUGAUGUGAAUGAGAGAGGCCCAGUCUGCCAUCUUGUCUGGUGUUUAUGUGACAGAGAGAGACAACAAAAUUCAUGCAAAUAUCAGCCUUUCAGGACGGCAUGUUCUUCCUCCUGUCUCACGUUAACUCGACUGACGCAGCAACAGAAGUUGUGCAAUCCUCCCUGUCUUAGAUCUAUUGAUGAUGAUGAUGAUUUGAGGAAUGUGGUUCAGGACGCGUCUAAGGUGGGCCUGAGCCUGAAAGGGAACUACACCUCGGACGGCUUCUGGAAGUUCACCAGCUCUGCUGUGUUUGCUGCAACUGUGGUCACAACUAUAGGUUACGGGAACAUAAGUCCCAGCUCGACCGCCGGACAGAUCUUCUGCGUGUUCUUUGCGUUAUUUGGAAUCCCGCUCAACAUGGUGGUGCUCAACCGGGUGGGCAAGUACAUGCUCGCCUUGGAGAGGAACAUCUCUGACUUCCUGGAGGGGAAGACCGGACGGAGGAAAUGCACCCGCUUCUUCGUCCACCUGGUGUCGUACCUGUCGGGGGCGGUUCUCUUCUUCGUUGUUCCGAUGAUUGUGUUCCAGGAGCACGAGGGCUGGACUUUCUCCCAGGCCAUAUACUACUGCUUCAUCACGCUCAGCACCAUCGGAUUUGGAGACUUUGUGGCAGACAGUAAUCCAGACAAGGUGUACCCAGAGUGGUACAGCGUCCUCAUGGCCUGCUGGAUCUUCUUCGGCCUGGCCUGGCUUUCCUUGCUCAUCAACCACUCGAUCGACAUCCUGGAGCGGCUCAGCGCCCACUUAAAACAGAGGUGGACCAGAGGGAAGCCACAGGAGGGGUCUGGAGGGGCAAAGGAUGGUGACCCAGAGACUCAGGAAACACAGUUGGAGGAGGAGGAUGAAAUGAAGAAGACUCCGAUAACUUAGUGAAGUAGAGAAUUAGAUUUCAGUACGUUUACACAGUGAUAGAAUGAUCUGUCUGUGGAUCCAGAUGUGAGAAAUAAGGCUAGGACGAUACAGGAUGUGUGUGUUAUGUGUAAAUAUUAAGAAUCUGUGAGGAUUUAAUUUAUGACCAUGCUUUGGUUUGCUAGUUUUAUUCAUAGCUGCCCCUUUAAUAAUGACUCAUUUUUGUUGAGUCAGGUUUAUUUAACAGCAUAGCACUUUGUUUAAUCUUUAAUCUCUGGUUUUCUUUAUCUGCCUGUUUUUGAGAAAGUAAUCUGAGGGAUAUAAAACGGUGUCAGCACUGCAGAGAGGUUGAUUUUGUUUUCUUGUCUUCAAAAAGACGAUACAGAAGUGCCUUUAACUUGCAUUCUUUCACAUGACCAGCAGGGGGCAACUUGACUGAAACCAAAACACCACAUAUCACUUGAUUUAUUACCUCAGCAAUCAUUUAAUCAAUCAACUUAUGGUGUCAGCCUCUUGUUUUAAGUCUUCUUAAAACCUGCAUUACGCUCAUUUUGUGAAUCAUGCUCUCCUUUAAGAUAAAAUAAGCUAUAUGGCAGGCAUACUUGCAGGCUUGCCUACCUUUUGAUAGACUAGCGGCCUCUAAGGCAGCCAGUUAAUAAGGAAUGAGGUGUAACAGUAGGUAUCCACAAUCUUCAACUCCACUUUAUUUAAAUAGCACCUUUCAUACAUUCAAACAUGCAGCCCAAAGUGCUCCACAGAGGAACAGAUGGACAGAAAACAACAGAAAUGGGUAAAAUAAUUAAAGGAAUAAUCAUUUAAAAAAUACUUGAAAUUGAAAUAAAAUCAAUUAAAUUAAAUAAAUAAAAUGAAUACGGGUAGAAAGCAGAAUUACAAAUCAGUUAAAGUUAAAAUGAUAAAAAAGAAUUCAAUAAAUAAAUAAAUAGGAUAAUAAAUGUUAAAACAAUGACAUUACGGUGACUUGGCAUGUUACCAUUAGACUCUUAUGGUAUAAAAUAUUAUAAAUAUAUUUUUUCAAUAUAAAUACAGUCCACUAACUUAGGGAAGCUGAAGUGCUGCAGGACAACUUUCCUAACCUGUCAACAGUAAGCGGUGUGACGUGCUCUGAUGUGUUUGUGGAGCUGCAGGGCAGAACAUGCGGUCAGUGGACACAGGCCCUUACGUAGCAAGACGUGUUGACUUCACUUUCAACAUCACCUUUCAUUUUUUACUUUUAGUUUCUUUAAAUGCACCAAACUCUUAAUAUGAAAUCAACUUUUACUUUUCAGAUUACACAGCAGUCCAUGUGCAUAUAACGCAGUAUAUGUUUGCAUGUUUGGUUUUAUUUGUACUUAAUCAUCAAGAAAUAUAAACAGACAGAUACUUUCUCAUAUUUCUGCAGCACUUCUGCAAAUAUUCUUUUAUUCUCUCACUUUUUAAUGUAGAGUAAUCAGUUAAGCAUAGCUCAUUUGUUCCACUUGUGCUGGCUUAAGUACACUUUGAAUCCACUAGGUGGUGAUAUUACACCAACACUGAAGACAUUAAUCAAUCAAACAAUGCAGAAACGUGUGUUUUGGUCAGUUUAGUGCUUCAACAAUGAUAUUAACCACAUCCCUCUCAUACUUGAUAGUCAUACACUCAAAGGAGAAUGCUGUGUCUCAGGUAAAAAGAUAUUUCAAUAAGUCUGAACAAGCUUUGCAUAUGUCUUUCCAUCAAAUGUAAAUCCUUCUCCUUCUUUUUUGCAUCAUUAAAUAAAACAUGUACAGUUGUGACUUCA